UGUCAGCACUGCAAGUGUGCACAGGAGGAGCACAUGGUGACGGUGAUGCCACUGGAGAUGGAGAAGACGGUCAGCAAACUCAUGUUUGACUUCCAGAGAAAUUCCACCUCAGAUGAUGACUCGGGCUGCGCCUUAGAAGAGUAUGCCUGGGUCCCGCCGGGCCUGAAGCCUGAACAGGUUCACCAGUACUACAGCUGCCUCCCUGAAGAGAAGGUUCCUUAUGUCAACAGUCCGGGAGAGAAACUGAGGAUCAAGCAACUACUACACCAACUGCCCCCACAUGAUAAUGAGGUUCGAUAUUGCAACUCUCUGGAUGAAGAAGAGAAGAGGGAGCUGAAAUUGUUCAGUAACCAAAGGAAACGGGAGAACUUGGGCCGAGGCAAUGUGAGGCCCUUCCCAGUCACCAUGACAGGAGCUAUUUGUGAACAGUGCGGAGGCCAGAUUAAUGGUGGGGACAUCGCUGUGUUUGCGUCACGUGCUGGACAUGGUGUUUGCUGGCACCCACCAUGCUUCAUCUGCACUGUCUGCAACGAACUCCUGGUGGACUUGAUCUACUUUUACCAAGAAGGGAAGAUAUACUGUGGCCGACACCACGCCGAGUGCCUGAAGCCGCGCUGUGCUGCCUGCGACGAGAUCAUCUUUGCAGAUGAAUGCACAGAAGCUGAGGGGCGCCAUUGGCACAUGAAACAUUUCUGCUGCUUCGAGUGUGAGACGGUGCUGGGCGGCCAGCGUUACAUCAUGAAGGAAGGACGGCCUUACUGUUGCCACUGCUUCGAGUCCCUGUACGCAGAAUACUGUGACACCUGUGCCCAGCACAUAGGAAUCGACCAAGGUCAGAUGACUUACGAUGGCCAGCACUGGCAUGCCACUGAGACCUGUUUCUGCUGUGCUCACUGCAAAAAAUCCCUCCUGGGGCGGCCGUUCCUCCCAAAGCAGGGCCAGAUCUUUUGUUCUCGAGCCUGCAGCGCUGGCGAAGACCCCAAUGGCUCUGACUCGUCUGAUUCAGCCUUUCAGAACGCCAGGGCCAAGGAGUCCCGGCGCAGCGCCAAAAUCGGCAAGAACAAGGGCAAGACCGAGGAGCCUGUGCUGACCCAGCACAACCAGUUGCAGGUGAGCUCCAACCUGCUGUCGGCUGAUGUGGACCCCCUGUCGAUGCAGAUGGACCUGCUCAGCCUGUCCAGCCAGACGCCCAGCCUCAACCGGGACCCCAUCUGGAGGAGCCGGGAUGAACCCUAUCAUUAUGGGAACAAGAUGGAGCAGAGUCAGUCCCAGAGUCCUUUGCAACUCCUCAGCCAGUGCAACAUCAGAACUUCCUACAGCCCAGGAGGGCAAGGGGCUGGGGCACAGCCUGACAUGUGGGGCAAGCACUUCGGCAACCCCAAAAGGAGCUCAUCGCUGGCUAUGAAGGGGCACGGGGGCAGCUUUAUCAAGGAAUGCCGUGAAGAUUAUUACCCGGCUAGGCUGAGAUCCCAAGAGAGCUACAGUGACAUGUCAAGUCAGAGCUUUAGUGAAACCCGAGGCAGCAUCCAGGUCCCCAAAUACGAGGAGGAAGAGGAGGAGGACGGGGGCAUGUCCACUCAGCAGUGUCGGACCCGUCAUCCCAUCAGUUCCCUGAAAUACACUGAGGACAUGAUGCCCACUGAGCAGACCCCUCGGGGUUCCAUGGAAUCGCUGGCCCUGUCUAAUGCAACAGGUCUCUCCGCUGAUGGUGGUGCCAAGCGCCAGGAGCAUCUGUCCCGAUUUUCUAUGCCUGACCUCAGCAAAGACUCUGGAAUGAACGUCUCGGAGAAGCUGAGCAAUAUGGGCACACUGAACUCAUCCAUGCAGUUUCGUAGUGCGGAGUCAGUCCGCAGCCUGCUCUCUGCCCAGCAGUACCAGGAGAUGGAGGGGAACCUCCACCAGCUCAGCAACCCCAUCGGGUACCGAGACCUGCAGUCCCAUGGGAGGAUGCACCAGAGCUUUGAUUUUGAUGGAGGGAUGGCAGGUAGCAAUCUGGCAGGGCAGGAGGGCGUGAGGAUCCAGCCGAUGAGUGAACGCACCCGAAGACGAGCUACUUCACGUGAUGACAACCGCCGCUUUCGACCUCACCGGUCCCGGCGUUCCCGGCGCUCUCGAUCGGACAACGCCCUCCACCUGGCCAGUGAACGUGAGGCCAUCUCCCGGUUAAAAGAAAGGCCUCCCUUGAGAGCCAGGGAGGACUAUGACCAAUUCAUACGCCAGCGGAGCUUCCAGGAGAGCCUGGGGCAGGGGUCCCGGAGGGACCUGUAUGGUCAGUGCCCGAGGACUGUAUCGGACCUGGCUUUGCAGAAUGCCUUUGGAGAGCGAUGGGGACCCUACUUCGCUGAGUAUGAUUGGUGUUCCACUUGCUCUUCAUCUUCGGAGUCUGACAACGAGGGCUAUUUCCUAGGAGAACCAAUCCCCCAGCCAGCCCGCCUGCGAUAUGUCACCAGUGACGAGCUGCUGCACAAAUACAGCUCUUAUGGUAUCCCCAAGUCCUCCACACUAGGAGGCAGAGGACUGUUGCACAGCAGGAAAAGACAAAAGAGCAAAAACUGUAUCAUUUCUUAA